CGACUUGCCACCUUGAUUCUUGAAUGCUCUUCUGAGUCUUCAAAGCUUCAUUCAUGGCUUCAAUUCUCGAUUCCAACACGGUUCUACAGCAUCCAGCUACUGAGGAGACUCACGAUGAACAUACCUCUGAGUUACAUAAUGAGCAAGUCUCUGAGGGUGAUAGCGACUGUGACGUAUCCGAUGGUCUGACACAUGGAUAUCAAAAUGCAGAGUCAGGUUCGGAGGAGUCGGUCGAAGGCAACAAGGAGGAUCCUUUGCGUUUCGAGGCAAUACAAAAAAUCGAACGACUAGCGUUGUCGUUUCUUGAACAACUUGCUGGUUCACUACCAAACCAACGAGCUGAUAUAACGUCUAUCGGAAUUUCUCAGAUACCUAUCAACUCAAGAUCAAAAUACCCCAAAAUCGAGCUUCAGUUAGCCGACCGUCAUAAAACAUCCGAAUGUAUCAGAGUUAUACGAUACCCCCUUAAACGAAAAGGAGCGAGUAUAAAGCCAUUCGCGCAGAUUUUACGUGUCAUGGACUUCGCUCACCAAGCCCUAGUUGACAAUGUACCAUUAACAAAGCGUGACAUGUACUACAAGGAUGUCCCCCUCUUCAAAGCUCAGGGAACUGUUGAUCGACUCGUCGAUGAUCUUGCCUGUGACAUUGGACCUAGAACGGGCCGACCUCAAAAUUGUAACCUCUUUCGCGCUGCAUCGAAGGGCCUUAUAUGCGGCACUGGGCUGACAAUUCACCUUCUCGAAGGCAAAGUGAUUUCUAUUAACGACUUAGAGGGAACUUUGAUACCUACGGGUGAAGCCAUAGAGCGAUUUGAGCUGAAAGAGGAUAUUUCAUGGGUCCUUGUGGUCGAAAAAGAGGCUGUCUUUCAAACGCUGUGUCGUUUUCAGUUUGCAAGCCACCAGUCGCUUCCCGGUCCUGGGCUCAUAAUCACUGGUAAGGGAUAUCCUGACGUGGCCACCCGACAACUCGUGAAAACCUUGUCAGACAACCUUCCAGCGCACAUUCCGAUCGUUGCACUUGUCGAUGGCGAUGCGUAUGGACUCGACAUUCUAUCGGUGUACAAGUACGGCAGUCACAGCCUACGACAUGAGAACGAAAAACUCGCAGCAAAACGAAUCGAAUGGCUUGGCAUCUGGGCAUCCGAAAUUGCAGACCUCGAAAUUGAUUUGGACACACUGAUCCCGAUCACACUGCAUGAUGAGAAAAAGGCGCUCGCAGUACUCAGCCGUGCCACUGAUGUUGUGCCCACGAAAUGGAGAAAAGAGCUUACGCGGAUGCUCCACAUCCGAAGGAAGGCCGAAAUCGAGAUUCUGUCGGGUUCCUCAAGUCAAAAGUCUAACUCCCUUAUACAUUACUUGGCUCAUAAAGUCUGCCACUUCAUCGAGAUGUCUGCCUGACGGUAAUUCGAAUGCCAGGCAUACUCACAGCUCUUUGGCACAAUAGUCUUUGAAAACACUCCAGAGUUUAUGGGCACGGUGUUACAACGCAGCGUAACUGUCGUGAGUGUGCCAAACGUGUAGAAAAUAGAACGACAUACAUACGAGAGUACUUGUAUCAUGCAAUCAAGGCUCAUUACCAC